AUGAUUCUUGAUUUAGCUAGUCAUGUAUCCGCUGGAACUAUUGGAUCUCGUCAAGCGUCUAUCAGCAUCAAUGGCAAGUGCAAGGCUCACGGGAAGAAAUAUCUGGGCAAUAUUAGCGACCAAGACGCAACUCUUGGUUCUACUGACCAACAUCAGGAUGUUCUCAAUGGGACUUUUCACGAGGAUGGGACCCUGCAACAAAGCGUUUUCUAUAACAUCAUCGGUGAGGACUACGGAUCGCUUUCGAAGCGGCCCGUGCCGCCGACCCAGAUUUCAUCCAUCAAAUUAGGGCCUGGCGUGUAUAUUGCUGGAAUGGCAAUAAAACCCUGUUUCAAUUGUCUCGAUGACCUUUUUGGCGAGUUGAUGAAUCGCGCCUUGUGA